CGUGACGGACGCCCGUAUAACCUCCGAAGCCGGCGCGCGCAUAUCAAACAAAAACAUACAAACAUCGAACUUUGUUUCACGUGUGUCGACUGUGGACUGUGAACUGAGUGCACAAAGGGUGUUUUUGGGGUGACAGUGGGGUGUUUUGGCGGGGAUUUGCAACUUACGUAACUGAUAAAAGCUUUCGUAACACCCGUGAUAACAGUAGAGGAUAACAUAAAGGCAGUGCUUUCCAAAGGAUGAGGUAUAAGCAUCGGAUAUACAGAUUUAUCGGGCCAGACACGCUGCAGCCAACAGGAUGACGUUCGCGGCGGCGCUGGUGUUGCUCGCGAUGUGCUCGGCGGCCCACGGCGGCGACCCGGUGUUCGACCCCAGCACGCUCAUGCGGCUCGUGCUGGUGCCGGCGGACGCGGCCGUCGGCUCCGUCGUCUACCGCGUCCGCGCCUCCGACCCCGACUUUGACUACCCGUUGCACUUUGAACUCAUUGGGCAAAUGGGUCGCCUAGACGUCGGCAUCGAGACGCUUCCUUGCACACGCUACAACUCCGUCUGCCAGGCCAACGUGAUCCUACUCCGGCGGUUGGAGCCUGGCCGAUACGUGGACUUCCGGCUGUCAGCCCGUAACACCAGAGGGCGAAGUGCGAGAAUUGCCUGCUCCAUCACCGCCACCAACGCCACUACGCCAAGAGAUACGAUAUUCCCUCAUCAGCCCGGCAUCAUUUUAGUUCCUGAGGAUGCAAAGCGCGGAACGGAUCUCGAGAUUGUGAUCGCGAGAAAAAAUCAGCUAUCACCCAAGCCUCUGGAACUCGAACUCUGGGGUUCGCCGCUCUUCGCAAUAAGGCAGCGUCGUGUAUCCACUGAGAACACCGAAGGCACGAUAUUCCUGGUCGGCCCAUUGGAUUUCGAAGCUCAGUCUAUGUACCACCUGACACUACUCGCUGUGGAUCCCUACGUAGAACUGGGCAAGGACACUCGAAAUAUCGCGGGUCUAGAAGUGGUGGUGGUCGUCCAAGACGUCCAGGACAUGCCUCCGGUGUUCACAUCAGCACCCCCUAUCACUCAUUUGCCGAGACAAGUGGCUCCUGGUGACAUGGUCGUGAAAGUCAGGGCGGAAGAUGGAGACAAGGGGGCGCCGCGACAGAUCAGAUACGGGCUGGUCUCUGAGGGGAAUCCCUUUACGCCGUUCUUCAACAUCAAUGAAACUUCAGGCGAAGUGACUCUCCAAAGGCCGAUAGAGGAGAUCGCAGCAAUAUCUCACGCGGGGGCGCCAAUCCUGCUCACUGUGGUGGCGGAGGAAGUCCGCCUGUCAAGAGAGGAGCCUGAAGCUAUGUCCUCGACUGUGCAGCUUGCUUUCAUACUGCCUGAGCGGGAUAAUUCGCCUCCGUACUUUGAGAAUGAGUCCUACAUCACUUAUUUGGAUGAGAAUGCGCCUCAAGGUACGGCGUUAGUGUUCAACGAUCCAUACAUUCCUCAAGUGAAUGACAACGAUGCAGGGAAAAAUGGCGUGUUCUCUCUCUCGUUGGUCGGGAACAAUGGAACGUUUGAAAUCUCUCCAACAGUAGCAGAAAGGCAUGCCCAAUUCAUCAUCAAAGUGCGGGACAAUACGAUGCUGGAUUUCGAAGCUCGCAAAUCAGUGAUAUUUCAGAUUUUGGUCCAAGAACUCGGUCCAGCAACAAACUUGUCUGUGACGGCAAAUGUGACCGUCUACUUAAAUGACAUUAAUGAUAAUGCUCCCGUAUUUCUGGCUCUCUCUUAUGAUGUAGAACUACCAGAGAAUGUGACAGCUGGUACGAGGGUCGUACAAGUUGCUGCAGAUGAUGUAGACACGGGAGAUUUUGGAAAAAUCCAAUACACUGCCAUAUUAGGAUACUUAAAUACAUCAAUGAACUUGGAUCCUAUAUCGGGGCUAAUAACUGUAGCAACAAAUAAUCAUGGCUUUGAUCGCGAAGCCAUGCCAGACUUGCAUUUUUUAGUAGAGGCUAGAGAUAACGAUGGUGUAGGUUUAAGAGUAACAGUGCCAUUAAUUAUUAAGUUAUUAGAUGUAAACGAUAACCCACCAGAAUUCGAAAGGACGUUGUAUGAGUUUGUAUUAUCGCCAAAUUUGAAUAAUUUUACUUCGGCGGCGUAUGUUAAAGCAGUUGAUAAAGAUGCAGAGCCACCAAAUAAUGUAGUCAGAUAUGAAAUAAUAGAAGGGAACACUGAAGGGAAAUUUGCGAUUAAUGAAGAAACGGGUGAACUUUACCUUUUAGAAGCACUGAAGAGGACAAAAAAGCAAAAUGUGCAUAGACAAAAACGACAAUAUGAUAGUGAACAAGAAAGUGAAGUUUAUAUGCUAACCAUAAGAGCUUAUGACCUCGGGGUUCCAAAACAAUUUUCAACAACGACAGUAAAAAUUUAUCCUCCUGAGAGUAAGACGAGGACAAUGUCAUUUAUUGUACCCGGUUCAAACCCUGACAGAAAAAAACUAGAAGAGGUUUUGAGCACUCUUUCUGGAGGGAAAGUGACUAUUGUAGAUAUUAAACCAUACAAAAUGAAUGACGAUAAAGGAACAGAAAAUGCCGGUGGCCAAGACUCUAGUCAAGAAAAAAGUGUGGUUACUGCAGUAGUACGAAUGGCUGGAAACACGGCCAUAAAUGUGGCAAAACUUCAAGAACAAUUAGCAAAAAAUGUAACGAUUUACUCAACAACUAAUGUACAUAAAGAUCAAACAUCAACAGCUGACGAUAGCAAUUCGGGUGUGUAUAAAGCGGAAAGCCGAUUGUUAUUCUGGCUAUUGAUUUUGCUUGCCAUUUUAAUAGCCCUAGUAUUACUUCUCCUCAUAUGUUGCUGUAUCUGCGAAGGUUGUCCUUUAUACAUGCCACCAAGGAAAAGAGUGAUACGUGUCAACUCCACAGAGGACGACGUGCAUUUAGUGGUUCGCGACAAGGGAGUUGGGAGAGAAAACAAGUCGACGCAAAAUAUCGAAAAUAAAUCUAUACAAGCACCUGAGUGGAGAAAACGGGAGGCCUGGAGCGCUGAACAAACGGAUUUGAGGACGAAACCAACACAGUGGAAAUUCAAUAAAAGAAAUUAUAAAUCAAAAGAGCCAAGUAAACCAGCUUCAACGCCUGGCGGAAUCCGACAUGAAUUUGUACAGACUGCCGCAGAUAACGAUUACAAAGAUGACACUAGGCAAUCUUUCCGACACAGAGAUGGCCCAAAUAUAAUUUAUACAAAAGAAAUGCAACUUCAGGAAGCUUUUGCAAAUAAACACAAGGAAUAUAUUGAAGAUUUAGAAAAUGGCUACGAUAGAAUUGCAACACUGCAUCAUGAACACAAAGAACAAGAUGAUGAUUCAAUGCGAAGACAUGAAAUAGAGCGAGGUUCUGAUGUUGGGGGCUUCCUCAAAUCUGAUGCUGACAGAAAUUUACAAGAUAAAGAGGAACAUAGGAUAAAACGUGAAUACAACGCUCCGACUUCCCUAGGUAGAGAUCAAUAUUUUAUUAAAGAAGGCAAUACUGAAAUUUUGAGGCUUGUAACGCGCGGUAAAAAUGAAGAUGAACGCUAUGUGAACCUUCCCGUUCAACAUCAACGACCAGUGACUUUAGUUCCUCACACUCAAUAUGUAGUUGUAGACAAUGGAAAGGAACUUUUAAUGGAACGAUUUAUUCGCGAACAAGGAGAAGAAGCUAAUAAUAUAAGAAAAAGAAUGAAUAACGUAGUUACAGAUUUAGAUAAUAUUUCAACUGACAAAGAUGGCAAAAUUAUAGGUCAAGUGUCACACAUUGGGGUUGAUCAUCAAAAUCAAAUAAAUGAGUACUCUAAUUUGCCACCUGACGUACCUGGUACUGUACCUUUAAAAUCUGACUAUUUACAAUCAGCUCUACUUGAAAUGCAAAAUAAAUCUUCUGUUCAUCAAGAACUUCUUGAAUCGUCGCUAAGAAAACAGAAUGAACUUCUUCAUCAAAUAUUAAUAGAGCGGGAGAGAAUGUUACAAAACCAAGAAACUGCAUCACAAGGUGAAAGUAAGUUAGAGACUCAAAGUUUACCCGGACAUUCAGUCAUGGCCACACAAACAGAAUGUCAUAUUGGCACGCAAACAGAGCCUCUUCUACUCAAAGAAGUUAUUAGAAAAUCUAGAAGUGACAAUGAUUCAUACAGUGAAGAUGAAUCUCAGAUUGCUUCAGAUAAUUCUAAAAAAGUAAAUUGGAUAAAAAAGAAGAAACCUAAGAAAAAAAUAAAGUAUAAGGACCCUAGACGCAGUAUUCGGAUUUAUGAACUUAAGCGAAAAAUCAAAACUCCUAUAAUUGAAGAAAGUGACGUUUCACCUUCCUUAGAAAGCGAAAAAUGUGUUAAAAUUAGUAAAACAAAUGAGAGAGAAGAACGAGUAAAGCAUUACGGUGAUGUGACUAAAAGCACAGUUACGACUUCUAAAAAUGAAAUUGUAAGCUCAACACAAAUUAAAGCCUCUGAUGGAGAUAGAAAACCAAAAUCACGAAGAGAAGUACUAAUGGAAAUUUCAGAUUCACUUGAUGAAAAAAUAAAACAGAGAACGGAGAAACAAUUACCUGCCCCAAACGAAGAGCUUUCAAAAGAAAUCUAUCUACAAGAAAGUGGUAAAAGUACAAGCAGUUCGGCAAGUAAAGAUCGACGAAAUCUGAUAUUUUCGCGUCAAGGAUCUUCGACAGAAGAACGAGAACAUAUUUUUGGAAAAUCAGACGGCAAGGUACAAAUAACAGACUUAGAUGAACCAGAAAACCCCAUUAUAUCUACAUUAGAAGAAGCAUCAGUUAGUAAACAAAGUUCAAAAAAAACAGAAUCUAAUUCUGUGAAAACGUCUGAUACAAGCAAACCAGUACAAAAAAGUUUACCUCGAUACAUGCAGUGGUAUGGCAAAAAAUCAAAUGUAAAUGUGAAAACUACCACGUCCGAUAAAGUAACACCAGACAAACCUAAGAGACCCUCAAAAAUAAAGAAUGAUCAAGAAUCAAAAGAAAAAAGUGGUCGUUAUGGAAAAAUAAUUAGCAAAGAAAGUCAAAGCCAAGGAAGUGAGGUAAAAAAAAACUUCAAAGAAAAAGAAAGUGAAUUUAUACACCCACGCUUGUUAAAAGAAGGAAGAGUAACACCUGUUCCUGAAGGACCACUGCCUGAUGUUCAUCCUUUGUUGCAACACUCGGAACAUAGAUACGAGCACCAAUAUGAAAACCAAAAUCCUUUAUGUUACAUUCAACCUACCCAUAUACCAAAAUACUUAGGCGCAACGUCUAAUGUUCCAGCUUUACCACAAAGACAAUCAUUAGAACAUCAACCUAUUUAUGUUAACCAAGACGAUGUGAAAAACAAAAAAGAAAAACAAAAAGAUGUUUCCGAAAGCGCCUUAACCCAUAGUAUUUCCAUUUCAACUAACUACGAUGAUGAUAAUAGAACAACGUCCGAAGUUCAUGUGUCUAAAAUAAAUAUCGGUGGAGAUACUGGUACGGAUCAGAGAACUGUUCGAUCGAAAAUAGAUGAUAAUGAUUCUGGAAUUGCUAUGAGUACGCUAGUGCAGCAGGCCGGUAAUAUAAAACGUUUGCCAAUAACAGAGAAAAAGAGCGUUUUUACGAUAGCUUAUGAUGAUGUUCAAACCAAACAACUUAGGCCAGAUAGCAGUUCCACUUCGUACUAAAACUUAUAUUUGUAACAAUAAAAAUAUCAGUAUUCAUUCAUACAACGAGUGCCUUAAAAAUAUCAUUUGUAUAACUGAAUUGUAAAUUAUUUGUUCCGUCCUAUUUAUUAAUACGACUUCAUAAGAUUGUAAAUAUUUUUUUUUUACCUAAAACUAGGAAUGAUAAAAAUCAACUGCCUUUAUUUAAUGACUGUUCUAAGUAUUUUAUAAUUAAAAUAAUGUAAGAAACGUUAUAUUGUAAAUAAAAAAGUUCGUAUUAUGUAUUUAAAUGUACCUAGCUUUAAUAAAAUCUAUUGUAAAUAACUAUUCAUGUAUUCACAAUAGCCGUACUGUUUCAGUAUGCAAUUCUAUAUUUGUUAUAAAAUAUAAAGUUAUAUUAUACUUUUAAUGUUUUGUUUUUUUUUCUA